UGGAGUUAACACUGCUUAACUCCUUUUUAAGAGUUACAUUUUAACCCCUAAAUGAUAGUUAUUCUGACUGCAAAAACGGAGUUAAUAUUUUACUCCAAAUCUGGAGUUACUUUUAACUCCAAAAAGUGAGUUGUUCUGUACCUUUUUCCGUAACUCCUAUUUUAGGAGUUAAAAUAACUCCCUCAAAAUAACAGUGCAUGGGUUGAGAAUUUAGUUGUAUAUUAGUGACUUAUUGUCCAAAUAUAACAGUCACAUAACUCAAUAUUAUUGGUGAAAAGAUAUUAAUAUUGGAAUAUUAAAGGUUUUGUUAUAUAACUGUAAAUGAACCAAAGUAUAUAUAUUUAAUGUUAUCAUGCACCCACGAAUACUUAGUUUGUGUUUGUUGAAAUGAUUAAAAUGGUCAAUGAGCAUGGGUAAGACUCAGUCGCGAAGUAUACUUGUAAGAAAUAAAGCAUGAACAUUUAAAUGCAGAGACAUUCAUUGUCGUAAUACGGAAAAACAUGCAACCUGAUCUGAUGAAGUGAAGCAAGAGUAUUCAUGUUAAAGACCUGCGAUGUUUAUUGAAUUUAAGCAAGGUCGACUCGGGGUCGAAUUUAAGUAUUUUCAUUUUCCGAUCGAGCUGAAACGGAAGAUUAACGCUAUGAUUAACGGUGAGAUAGUUGUGUCUCGUGACGGCAAACAGUCGUUUUUAUAUGAACAUAUAUUGACAUGAUUGCUGUAAAGUGUCUCAUUCCAAUGAUUCCAUAACAGGAGGCGAACACUUAGACAGUGCACUAGAAUUGGUCGAUCUUUUUUUCUUAACAAAUAUACGCUUUACUUCAACUCAGUUUAUCGUAAGUUCGAGAAUGGGUAGAGAAACGCUUCAUUCUACGAAUUUUCAAAUGUUUUUUAUCAUUGUGUCCUUGGUGAUGUUCACUUGCUCCGAUACUGUACAAUCCAGCCGAAGUCGAAGGAGCGUAGUGAAUUUUGGCCGUAUGGUUAGGUGUGCCACCGGGCGAGAUCCGUUUGAUUUCGUGAAUUAUGGUUGUCACUGCGGUCUGGGAGGUCGAGGCAAAACCCUUGAUGAUAUUGACAGAUGCUGUCACAGUCACGACAGAUGUUAUCGACGACUUCGCUCGAAAGGAAUUUGUAAUAUAUUUCAAAUAUACUUGAAGUCUUAUCGCCACUCUUGUUACAAAUGCAGCUCCAGAAAUACUGGAUGUUCAAAGGGACUUUGUAUCUGUGAUCGAAAGGCAGCAAAGUGCUUCAAGCGACACGUGAAGAAGUACAACAGGAGGAUGAAACACGUUGAGAAGGACAGAAUGUGUUAGAUUCAUCAGUGUUAUCACAGACUUGACUGUCUUGACAUUUGCAUGAACAAAUAUGUGGGAAAUCUUGUAGUCUGAGGUUUUAUUGCCUAUAUGUCUAUGAUAGCACAGAAUAUACUUCACGUAAAGAAAAUUAACUGGUAUAGUCGUCUUAAAAAUCAGAGUAGUUUUGAAGAGUGAAUUUCAACGGCACAGUUGUAAAAUAUGCCUUAAAAUGAACCCCAUGCAUGUAUAGUAUUUUGCCGAAGCCGGAUGCUUCAGGUGCAUCACCAAACAUUUUUUGAUAUGAAAAUAUCCAACAAUCUCUAAACUUUUGAAGAAUCGUGCUUGAGAAAAUCGUCCUUUAAAUACGCCGAAAUACUUCCCUAUAUAUGGCUAGAAGGACCUGAACUGCGCGGCCUAUUUUGAGAGGAAAAUUAUAGACGCGGUAAAGUUUGAAGAAAAUUGUCCCUGACUAGUAAACAGUUGGUGUACACAGUCUCCAGGUGCGCAAACAGCUGAUACCAAUAUUGCAAUAGAGAUGAAAAAAGGCUCCUAUAAACCUUUCCGUAUAAAUUACAUUGAGACAGCUGCGUCACGUAAUCACUGAAUCAACGGUCAAGUGAUUGUGCCUCAUUGUCGACGCUUCGAGAUCUGUAUGAACUGUGUUUCUAAUUGUUCUCUUGCAAAAGUUUAUUCGCGAUCUAUAUACCGGUGCUCACCACAGUAUUGACCCGACAUCGUUGAGUGAUUAUGAGGAUGUUCCUGGCGUUUCUUUUCAUCGUAUUUUCCCUCUCGAGUUCCUUAAGUUCAGGAGCUAAAACAGACGAAGGACGAUACCGGAGAAGCUUACUCAAUUUCGGACAAAUGAUAUUUGCGGGAACAGGAAGGAGCCCUUUUGAUUACAAUGGAUAUGGUUGUCAUUGUGGGAAAGGUGGUCAUGGGAAAGCAUUGGGAUGAGUUGAUAGGUGUUGUGAGACACACGACCGAUGCUACAAAGAAUUAAAAGAUAGAAGAAUAUGCAGUGGUUGGGGAAUUUAUAUUGUGCAUUACAAAACCUC